AUGACAAAGACUAGCCAACCUGAACAUUACAUUUUCUACAUUUCAGUGGUGCUGGAGGUGGGGUUGGUGGUGGAGGCGACGGUGCCGGUGGAGGUGCUGGUUCUGGUGGAGGCUCAGGUAAAGGUGGGGGAUGGGGGUGUAGGUGCGGGUGGUGGAGUUGGUGGAGGUAUUGGACAGGGCUACAGGAGUGGCCACGGGAUCGGUGGAGGGAUUGGAAUAGGAAUUGGGGUUGGGAUUGGAGUUGGAGUCGGAGCCGGUGGUGGCACCGGCACUGGCACCGGUACUGGUACCGGUGUUGGUGGUGGUGGAGGUCAUUAA